AUUAAUACUGUCUUCUCGCUCCUCCACUUUUCGAAAUCUCUUAUCCAUCACCGACAAGUCCUAUUUUUCUUAUGAAGCACCUCUCUUUCGAUUCUCCAAUGUUCACAAGAUGAAAUCUUUCGAAAUUAAUCAACUAUUCAUGGAAUCGCUCCCAUCGGCAAUUCAACUAGAGGAAUUCUCACAAUCGUUAAAACCCGUGUUCGUGUAUCUUUACACCGGGAUGCUUAACUGGGAUAACUACACCGAAGAGAACCAGUUAUUUGCACUGUUGAUAAUCAUAAAAAAAUUAGAACUAGAAGAAUUGAUAUUUCCCGUCUUGGAGAACUUGAACAAAUCUCUCGGCACCAGAAACGCCAUCCACUUCUUUAACUUAAGUUGCGAGAUGAUGGAUAUGGAGAAAUCUCAUGUUUCCUCGUCUUCUACCUUUAAUUCCUUGGCGGGCUCGGAGGUUCGCCCUUCGUCACUUUCCACCCUCUUUCAACAAAUCACAGAGAUCUGCUAUCAAUACCUUCGCAGGGAAGAUGCGUUAAACAGCACUAAUUUCUCGGUUUAUAAUACAAAAAAUAUUUCUUUUGGUGCGCUCAGAUAUUAUCUCGCUCGUGAAUCGAAAAAUCGGCUGACAUCUGAGAAUAUCGGUCGUCACGAAAUUGUUGCGCCCACAAGAGACACAGUCGCUUUUAGGUUUUUGGUAGAGUGGAUUAAAACCCAUGAAAAUUGUGAGAUCAUUCUCACAGAUAUACAGAAAGAGGAAUUGUUUGAGUUGAUCGAUCUAAGCGCAGUAGGACCAAAGGUUUUACUAGCGGAG